AUGUCAACUCUCCACCUCUGCUGCUUACCGGUCUAUUACUCUUCUUCAACCUCUUCUCAAUUGGUGUUGCGAAAUACUAAUGUCAUCUUCAGGAAAUCAAUUCCCUUGCUUUCAUCUGCACCGACAACUCAUGGCGAAUUCAGUAAACGACACCCUUCUGUUGGAAAGUUCAGUGCUUUGCCAAAUUCAAGAUUGGCCCAUUUGAGGAUUUCUUGCUCUGCAGUAUCUGGAGACUUGGAAAAGAGCUCUGAUGUUGUGGUGAAAGAGAAAAGUGUCUCUGUUGUUCUGCUUGCUGGGGGAAAAGGGAAAAGAAUGGGCGCAAGCAUGCCAAAGCAGUAUCUACCUCUUCUGGGUCAGCCCAUUGCAUUGUAUAGCUUCUUUACAUUCUGCCGUAUGCCUGAAGUAAAGGAAGUGGUUGUUGUGUGUGAUCCUUCUUAUCAAGACAUCUUUGAAGAUGCAAAAGAGAAUAUUAACGUGGAUCUGAAAUUCGCAUUGCCUGGAAAGGAGAGACAAGAUUCUGUCUUUAGUGGACUACAGGCAAUUGAUUUAAGCUCAGAACUUGUUUGCAUCCAUGAUUCUGCAAGACCUUUGGUACUGGUUGAAGACAUUGGAAAGGUUCUAAAGGAUGCUUUGACAGUCGGAGCAGCUGUACUUGGUGUACCCUCUAAGGCUACAAUCAAGGAGGCAGACAGCAACUCUUUUGUUGUUAAGACCCUUGACAGGAAAACCCUUUGGGAAAUGCAAACUCCGCAGGUUAUCAAGCCUGAGCUGCUUAAAAAGGGUUUUGAGCUUGUCCACAGGGAAGGACUAGAGGUAACAGAUGAUGUAUCUAUUGUAGAGUAUCUCAAGCAUCCUGUUUACAUCACCGAAGGUUCAUAUACAAAUAUAAAGGUGACGACACCUGACGAUUUAUUACUCGCAGAAAGAAUACUGAACACUACCUCUUGA